AUGGCCAAACCUCAGGCUGACCCUCGCCAUGUGAACUCCGGCCGUUACAUUCCGGCUCCACUGCAAGCCAUUCAGUCGCGCUCGGUCACUGAUCUGUGCGACCAGCCAGCAAGUCAACGCAGCUUUCGGGGCCCGACUUGUGGGAGGGUGGCGGCAUCAGGAAGCUCCCGGUCUCGCCGGAAUCCAGACUUUACAGCCAAUAACCUCAGUCCCUCGGGCCGGCUGAACCGUUCGCUGGUGAGCCUUCCUGGCCACCAGAUAAGCCCGAGCCCUUCUCGAGCCUGGGUACAUUCCGUCGAUGCAGAUGACGUAAACAUGCCACCACAACGCUUGGAGGACAGAGGGGGCAAUUUGCAAGUGGACACAGCACAUUCCCACUCUUGCUAUUCUCUUCCCAGUUCCGGUCUUGACCCAGAGUCUCGUAGUUGCCGCUUGGCUCGCAUGAGAUCGCAAACCCUCCUGCUGCCCAGGCCAGAAGCCUCCUGUCGUCGAUCCGUCCAACAGGAGCUCGAGUCAAACGCAGCCAACCUCGCUGGAUCGAAUAGUGAAUCAGCACAUUUGCUCUCGCGACCAGUCGUCAUGGUGCUGUCACCGCCAGGUGGCCUUGAGGAACCAGGCCCUCCUCCACCUAUGCGACCACCACCACCGCCUGGGCCUGUUCCCGCUGUUCGCUGCAAAGCGGCUGUUCUCCCAACUCCAGAAGUCUUAGCCAGUCUGGAUUCUAAGGCGAUCGAAGUAAAAAUGAUGUGA